CAACAAAUUAUUCAAUAUAAAACCAAAACUAAGCUAUUUAAUAAUGAGUUAGCUUGGAAAUCUAUAAAUCAAAUUGAUUCUAUUACAUCUGAAUUAACUAAAUUAGCUUGUAAAAUAUUAUUAAUUCCAACUUCUUCAGCAGCAGCAGAAAGAAAUUGGUCAAAUUUUUCAUUUAUUUAUAACAAAAAAAG